AUGGUUCGUCACUGUCUGCUUUUGUGGAGGUUCUUGUUGGAUUUGUUGGCCGAUGGACGGUAUACUCAUAUCAUCAGAUGGAUUAAUCAAGAACGUGCUGAAUUUAAAGUGGGGUUUGUUUGGUUUUUUAGUACUAUAUAGUAUUACAAAAUUUAGUACUUUAUUGUAUUUUAAGCUUUAGUACUAUAUAUCAGCUUAAACAUUAGUACCUAAAUUAAAUUUUUCAAUUUUUUUGUCUUACGAUUUGCUUUGAGACUGAGCAAAGAGCUAUAAUAAAUUAACCGUCAUUCACUUAAUUUUGCGCUCCUAAUCUUAUUUUUACAAACUUUAAACCUACAAUACUAUACUUAUUUUAGCUGAUUGAGCCAGAAACCGUAGCCCAACUCUGGGGUCUUAAGAAAAACAACCGCCCUAUGAACUACGAAAACCUCUCUCGAGCCAUCCGUACCUACUACCAGAAGAACAUAAUGAAGAAAGUAAAAGGCAAAGAAUACGCUUAUCGGUUUGUGACUCUGAACAAACAUUCUUUGAAGGAAUCAGAAGGCAAUUCAGAUGAGAGUGCUUAUUCAUCCUUGUCCACAACUUCGAAUACAUCGACGGAUUCAUCAAUGGAAAUGACAAACGAUUUGUCAAACAAUUGUCGUUUGUUUAGUGUUAACAAUAUUGUUCAUUCACAGAGCAGUGAUAAGACCGCUGCUUCUUUAAAGUUGGAUAUGAAAAAUAUUGGGCUAAAUAGCAUUAAAGAUAGUGCUAAUACUAAUCUUUUUUCAGGUUUACUUCCAUUUUCAGCUGGUGCCACAGUAUCAUCUACAGUACCAAAUGUAUCAUUGACAUUACCAUCAGGUGUAUCUAGUUUUAGUAACCUCUUUGCUAACAGUUUUUCAGGUCAACAGGUUGCUCCAAACAACUUUCAAAACGUGCCACUUUUGAAUAGCAUAGACCAAAUGAACAACAUGGGUAAUACCAAUGCUCAGUAUGAUAUGUUUAACCAGAUGAUGUUGUUACAAAUGGUAUUGAAUUGUAAGUAAUUUAAAUAAUAAUUUUUCAAAAGAACUUUUUUAUCAUAUAUUAUUGAGUUUUUCAAAUAAUUCUGUGCUUUUAACCCCUAAAAUUUGAUUCAAAAAAGGGGGUUCAGAAUAAUUUGGAUAACUUUUUUUUUAUUAGUUUUAUUAUUAUAUUAGAUAGUACAAAUAAUUAUGUGCCUCUUAAUAAAAAUAAAGUUGUUUUGAGAAGGAGCUCAGAAUUUUUUUGAACAACCUGAUAGUACAGAAAACUGUAUCAAACCAAUGUAAAAAAAAUUUAAUUAAAAUAUUUCUCAAUUAUUUUCAGUUUCCUCAAUGAAGCAAGCCCAAGCAACCCAACCUAGCACUACCAAGUAG